AUGCUAUCCGUACAACCCAAAGGCAAGCAGAAGGGCUGCGCCGGCUGCAACCGAAAGAUCAAGGACCGGUACCUGCUGAAGGCUCUGGAUAAGUAUUGGCAUGAAGACUGUCUAAAGUGUGCCUGCUGUGACUGUCGUCUUGGAGAGGUUGGAUCAACUCUUUACACAAAAGCAAAUCUCAUUCUCUGCCGCAGAGAUUACCUGAGGCUCUUUGGUACCACCGGGAAUUGUGCUGCCUGCAGUAAGCUGAUCCCUGCCUUUGAGAUGGUGAUGAGGGCCAGAGAUAAUGUUUACCAUUUGGACUGCUUUGCCUGUCAGCUCUGCAACCAGCGAUUCUGCGUGGGAGACAAAUUUUUCCUGAAGAACAACAUGAUCUUGUGUCAGAUGGACUAUGAGGAAGGGCAGCUGAACGGGAGCUUCGAGUCCCAGGUUCAAUAACAGCCCCUGCUUCACUGGAGCACUGUGGGAUGGGCGCUUGGCCGCACGAGCAGCGAGGGCGUCUGUCAGCUUGCCUGCAAUAUUUUUUUAAUUCUUGGUCCAGAGAGGACUAUAUACAUUGUAGUACUUUUCCCCCCCAACACAAAGCAGUUACAAUUUUAGAUGUACAGUUGUGCCUGCUUAGCUGAGCACUGCAUUGCCUGUAUGUUUGUGAGUUUUUGGGGUCUGGGGAGGGCUCUGUACAGUCUGUUUUCUGUAUAUAAACUGGAACAUUUAUUUUAUGAAAAAUGUAAUGCAAUUUUAUUACUGGUGUGAAUUAAAAAUUAUGAAUGUUUCCUGGUCAUCGUUGCUGUGGU